AUGGAACAAGAUUCCGUGAACAAGCCGCAACAUCGAAGUCAUUUUCGCCGUUGUUUUGUACUAACGAGUAAACAUAGUUUAAAAAUAAUUUCCAGUUGUUUUCUGCCCCUUGUCCUGGCGAUAUUCACAGUAGUAAUUACACUGGUACAAAAGAAAGAUGCUGGUUUACAACGUCUUGAAGAUCGAGAAUUAGCUCGAGAACAACGACAACAAGAUCUCAAUAUUUCUGUUAUGACACGUGAACAAGAUCGAGAUAUUGCUCGACAACAACGUGAAAACGAUGAAAAAAAACGUGAGCAAGAUUUACGAAUUGCCAACGAUAAGCGAAAAGCUGAUGAUGUAAAUGCUGAAAAACAACGAAUUAUGCUGCACGAAAUUGAAGAAAUGCGGUUUAAACAAGAACAACACAGAUACUUCGACGAACUUCUCGUCUCAUACAUGAAUGAUAUAGGAAUUCUUCUUGAGAAGAAUAAUGGUUCUCUGACAUCAAAUCCUGUCGUAGCUGCUCUUUCACGUGCUAAAACUCUUCAAAUCGUUCCUAUUAUUGGACAUACUCGAACGGCUAGACUUGUUUGUUUUCUAUAUGAUGCUGGACAAUUAAUACGAUAUAAGAAUCCACUUGAUUUAUCAGGAGCCGAUUUUCGCAAUGUUGAUUUUUCGCUUUGGUCCUUUCCUCAAAUAUCAUUAGCUGGAACACGUUUGCAUAAUGCCUCUUUCGCCGGUAAGGAUAUGUCUGAAGCUGAUUUUCAUAAUGCCAAUCUUACUGGCAUUGAUUUUCGUGGUACUCGACUUAUCAAAACCGAUUUUCGCUCUACUGAUUUAACUGCAGCGAAUUUCAGUCGGGCAACAUGUGUCAAUGUAACAUUUGAGAGAGCAAUAAUGAAUAAUAUCGUCUUCUCAUAUGCUGUUCUAUCUUCGAUUAAUUUCACUCAUACUCAAUUGAAUGGAGCCAAUUUCAAUAGAGCAUAUUGCCGUGAUUUAUUAUUCGAAAAUGGAUCUAUGGUUCAAAGUGAUUUUUCUUAUACCAAUCUUUCAUCAGUAGUACUAUUUCGUCAUGUGAAUCUGACACAAGCUACAUUUUAUGCUGCAAAUAUAUUAUAUUUUCUAUCACGGCUUUCUUUCAUCAAAUCUACAAUGAAUUAUGCAGAUUUUCGGGAGACUCUUUUUUCAAGAAGUCAAUAUCUUGAUUGUUAUAUCAUUGGUGCUGAUUUUAGUCGAAGUCAUCUCGAAAAUGCUCGAUUUGAAUCUUGUGAUUUGGAUACUGCGACCUUCGUGCAUGCGAAUUUGGACUCAGCCAUCAUCGCUAAAAGUUCAUUAGCUUUUACUAUGAUAGCAAAUGCUCGACUUUCAUAUAUCAAGUUUCCUCAAUCUGAUUUGUCUUAUGCUAAUUUGUCGGAUGUCUGCUGCGAUCCUUUUUGUAAGACUAUAUGUGGAAAAGACUGUCAAUGGCCAGAUAUUCUAUCGAUGGAGAACAUGGUUCUAUGUAACGAGACCACUUAUAAUAGAGGACAAAGUAUUGGAAAAAUCCAUGUGCACUGCAAUCGAUCUUUGAAAGACUACUGGGAAAAAGUAUCAUACUAUGAGCCAAUGAUCACACCGUUAGAUACGAAUUCAUGUAUCUUAACUCCUUCUUCAAAAUUUUCGGAUUCUUACGUUUCAACAAGUAUAGGUGUCCACGGUUUCGAAUGGUUCUUUGAAACUCAUCAUACGAUAGCGAUUCGAACCCGAAUGUCUGCCGGAAUAAAAAUUUCAAGUCUUCUUCAUAGUUAUGGCGAAUAUCAAGCUGCAGAUCUUCAGUUUCUUCCAACGAAUUCCGGUUUUUUACGAUCGAAAUUGAAAGUAACUCUUGCAGAACCAAGGACGAUGGAAUUGACUAUCAAAUUUCAUGCUGAUUCCAAUUAUUUGUCGUUAUGGUUUCAGUAUAUAGAAAUAGCAAUUGCGCCUCCUCUACCAAGAUUUUGA